AUGGAAUUUCAGUGUCCACAAGACGAUGCAUGGUAUGAUGUGAAUUUAUUCUUCGAUGGCAAGAAAAUCACAGUACACUACGCCAAUUUUCCCGAAGCAGACGAUGAAAAUUUUGAGGUUAAUUUGUUCAAAAACAACGAACAAUUGAAUGAUUUCCGGCGAAGAUUCCGGCCAAGCAGUGUUCAAAUUCAAGAUCAUGAUUGCAAAUCAAUUUAUCAAGGUAUGAACGUCUGUGCAUUAUGUUAUUUAGAGAAUCAAGAGACUAAAUUUUACGAUGCUCUAGUUGUUGAGGUUUUAAAUGAAGAACAUAAAUUCAACAAGGACCAAAUUGAACAAGAUGAGGAAGAUGAGGAGUGUGUUUGUAAUUAUGUUCUUAAAUGGCAGAAUGGUCCAUUAGAAGGAGAAAGAACAUUUGCUAGGAUUAAUGAUAUUUGCAUUACACCAUCUAGUAAAGAAAUUGAUCAGUCUCUUUAUUGUUUUAUGAUGGUUGUGAGAGAGAAAAUUGAAAAUGGGGGUGGCAAAGUUGAAGGACUGGUUAAUUUUGUGCCUAAUUCUGUAAUUAUUGAAAGGUUUUUUAGGAAAUUGAGGAAGUUGAGAAAGAAUAGGUAUGCUUGUAGGACAGAAGAGGGUAGGGUUUAUGGAGGUUGUAGGAGGAUCGAAUCACUCGAUUCCGAGUGA